CACCGAAUUUAAGCCCAAAUCCAUAACCUAGCGUUUUUCAUUUCCAAGGUAUCCUCUGUUCUUUUCACACUGUCAGUGUUCGAACGCGAGGCUCGCGAGGGAGGAGGAUGACGAAGUUCAGGAAGCUAAACCGACCCACGGGUCACCGCAUGUCCAUGCUCAGGACGAUGGUGUCGCAGUUGGUGAAACAUGAGCGCAUUGAGACCACUGUUUCCAAGGCCAAAGAGAUCCGACGCGAGGCUGAUAAAAUGGUGCAGCUUGGGAAAGAUGGCUCCUUGUGUGCCGCAAGGCGUGCUGCUGCUUUUGUGCGUGGGGAUGAUGUACUUCACAAGCUAUUUACAGAACUGGCGUAUCGAUACAAGGAUCGAGUCGGCGGAUACACAAGACUACUUCGGACUCGUAUACGAGUUGGUGAUGCUGCACCUAUGGCCUAUAUUGAGUUCAUCGACAGAGAAAAUGAGCUCAGACAAUCAAAACUACCAGCCCCUCAACCACCAGAGAGAGUUCCUUUAGAUCCUUGGGCAAGAUCCAAGCUUUGCAAGCAGUUUGCACCUCCUAAAGAAGAUAAGAGCUCUGAGAUUUGAUUUUCUGUAUUUAGACUUUAUUUCUGUAGUUUCCUAAGUUGCCGAUAUCUUAUGAUUCCGUCGAGGGAAAGUCUUCGAUUUCUCGUGGUUCUCCUGAUAAGAAGUCUCUGAUUUCUUGUGAAUCAUAGGCGCAGAUUGUUCUGAUUAUUGGCAUGCAUCAUAAUGCAGUGAUAUACAAAUUUGUAAGCUGCCCUUUCAUCAAAUUGCUUAGGAAUGAACAAUUGUGUCGGACUCGAUAUGCAUUUCCACAUGGAGUCGAGAAGUUGAUGCGCAUCAAUUUUUAUUUAUUUUGUCAUUAAAAGAAGUUGAUGGAUCAUUGAAGUCAUCGUUAUGUGCAUGUGGCAAACAAAUUUUCAAGCAUGUCACCUGUUUGUCCAGGAA